CAGAUGUUUGAAUCAAACCGAUAGCUGGUGACGGUGAGGUCUUGGGUCUAUCUCAAGCCAGCUCUUGUCUUCUUUCAUCAUACAAAAGCAAAAUCAAAAGCCAGUAUAACCAAUCGAAGACCUAUCUGUACUUCUAUCAAUUUGCACGUCAACUGAAAACUCCAUUUCCAUGAUAAGAGCUCAAAAAUUGUUUUAAUAUAAGCAUUUCUGGAUUCAAAUUAUACAGAAUGGAAGAGAACAAGACUCCACCGACAAAAGAUGAUAAACAACUCGAACUACACCACCAAGAACAACAAGAAAAAGAAGAAUCCAAGGGGGAGCAACCACCGGAACCUAAGGGCAGUGGAGGAGGAUGGGGAGGCUGGGGAUUCUCUGUUCUUUCAGAUCUCCAAAAAGCUGCCGAAGAGAUCUCCCGCAAUGCUGCGGAAGCUGCAGAGAAAGCAGCAAAGAGCAUAGCGGAUAUGCAAAUUGUUGCCGAGGAUUCAGAAUCUUCCAAGGCAGAGGAAGAGCGAGAAGAAUCGGAUAGUGAUAAGGAAACUGAUGAUGAGACUAAAAAGCUACGGAAAUCUACUUUAGAUAAAUUGGAGAAAGCAAGUGAAGAUUCCUUACUAGGACAGGGUUUGAAAGUUCUAGAUCACUCUGUGGAGAAUUUUGCUUCGGGAGCAUGGCAAGCAUUAGGAAAUGCAUUGAAAGGAGGUUCCAAUUUUGUUCAAAAGCUUGAACAUUCUGCUGUAAACCUUGCUGAAUCAAUUCAAAAUGGUAACUUACCAGGAGGAGCUGGUUCAGUUGCACCAUCCUUACUAGAGACUGGAAAAGCUUUUACCACAAAGGGAAUACAAGUGCUUGAAUAUGUUGGCAAGGAGACCAUGGAUCUGCUGAUCACAGAGACUGGUAUUGAAGUUGAGAAAACUUCUAAAGGCUCUGAACAAGAAGCUGAUGAGGAUCAGUUACUUGAGGAAGUAACAUUUGAUCGUUGCUUCUAUAUAUAUGGUGGUCCAGAACACUUGGAGGAGCUUGAGGCCUUGUCCAGCCAUUAUACCCUAUUAUUUAAUCGAAGAAAAGUCAAAUUACCACUUGAACAGAAAUCUGUAUAUGAUGGAAAGCUUAAACUUGUUCAGCAAAUUUUGGAUUUGAGUAUUGAAAUGGAAGAGAAUGGUAUAGAGUCCAACAAAGGGAAGAAAAUAGAUGCUGGAACAGAGGGAAGCAGUGAUGAGAUGAAAAACUUACAUGAUUCGAGUGUCAGCAAAGCUGCUGACAUGGCUGCAGGGUUUACAAGUGCCCUGGCAGGACUGACUGUAAAUGACAUAAUUCAAAGGACUACAGGCAGACUAGAAACUCUUCACUCAGAAGGCGUUCAUAGGCUUUCCGAAAUGUCCAGUUCAGCAGUGUUUCAACUUCUGAUGCUUGGAAAAUCCAUCAUAUCCACUGCUAACAAAGUGCAGGAGGAAGAUGUUGAUGUAGAUAUCAUGAAUAUUGAGUGGCCAGAAGAUUCUGUUGAAAAAGCUAAAGUAAUCCGAAUAAAGGCACAAUCAAUGGCAGGAUAUGUGGAAGCAGUUUGCAAUAGUUUUAUCACAGGCAUCUCUGACGUAGCUGAAGCUUAUGUUGCUGCCAUGAAGAGUGCUACUGCUGAUUCCCAUGAUGGUCUUCCGAAGACAUCAGUGCAGGAAAAAGCCAAUACCUUCUCUGAACUUAUCCACACAGACUGGAAAACGGCAGUGAGUAAAAUCCAGGAUGGGCUACAAUUAUUAUCUUAUGUAGUUAUGUUUACAUCUACGCCAUCUGCUUGAAAACUCUCUACACUGUCAUAUUUGUAAAUAGCUGUUCAAUUUUAGGAUGGUUUUUCUUCUUACUGUCUGAAAAUGAAUUCAUCCAAAUUCAGAUGGAACUAACUUCUUUUUUGUCUUUGAAGAGUUCAAUUUGAAUGCUAGUUACAUUUUUUAAACAGUUUAUUUCCCAUGCAAGAAAAAUAUAUUUGAAAUGAAUAAGAAGGGAAAUUGAAAAAAAAAA